AUGUCGUUUAGAGGUAUAGCAGAAUUUAUUCUCCACAUUGAGCACUUCAGGAAUGUGGAUCUUUUCCAAUAAGGACUUUACUUCAUGAAAUUUCAACUCUUUAAUGAAGACAUUGAAAAAGUAUAAUUCUAUUUAUUUGAUCAAGCACUUUUACUUUAGAUUUAUUAUGCAAACCCCUAUGACUAUAUAUCAAAGGAUUAUGAGUCAAGAAAUAAAGAUAAGGCCAGUUUUCAUAGACUUCAGGAGCCUGCAACCUUUGAUGAGAAUGCCUCUUUCGCUACAAAGAUCUUUUUUAUUAGAUAUGCUGAAGAGACAGUCUUGAUAAGAGAUAUAGUAAAGUUUAGAACUGAAGUUGAUGUGCAACCGGGAUAUCUGAAUACUGAAUUCUUCUUGAAAUGUGAACUUUUCUAUUGUCCACCGCCCUAACAAAACUUCUCAGCUGCUAUUGGAUCAGCAGAAAUCAUGAAGGAAGAGCUCAAUAAAUAGACUACUAAGUUUUAGUUAGCAUAAACAAAAAUUUAUCAGAUUAACGGGCUUCUUCAUGGAAUGUCGACAUUUGUCCCAAUUCAGUUCAACAAAGAAUAUACAUCUCAAUGUGUCAGCACAUUACACGGAUCUAUAAUCGACUAUAGAUUUAGAGUGAAGAAUCAAAGAAUAAAGCUAAGAUCUAAUGGAGAUACCUUUAUGGAGAAUGGUAUAUUGGUUGAAGCCAAGUUUGAUGAUUUACAAGAAUAUCUCCUGCAAACUGAAAAAUAAAAUAAAAAGCUGCCUACAAGCUUAGCUGAAUAUUUUUUCCAAGAUGAACAAGGUAUUAUAGUUAUGAACGAUAAAAAAAUAAAUGAUAAAUACCUAGAAUAUAAUAAUACUUUAAAGCAGAUCUAUUAUAACCUAAAGGCAAUUUACACGAAUUUCUCAUCGAAGUCAGUGUUCCAAGACGAUAUGAUCUAUAUUGACUUUCCCAAAAUUCCUAGAGAGUUAGAUAUCAUUAGUUUAGAUUUAUUACUUGACAAAGAACUAUAAAGCAAACACUCCAAAAAUGAGUCAACAGUGAUAUCUUCUAAUCUCGAUGAUGCAAUGCUUCAAGAUUAAUCGAUAAUGCCUGAUGAAGAUUUAAAAGGAAGUGGAAGUGCUUCGAAGGCUAGAGAUGAUGACGAAAGAGCUGAGAGUGACAGUCCUAAUUUGAAUUUCGAUGCUGUAGAGGAAGAAACCAAACAAUCAUAUCAAAGUAUUCCUUCUAUGAAUGUGAACAUGGAUUAAAAAAGACAAAAAAUGCAUUUAGUAAAUGAGAAUUAGCAUCCAAGUAAUUACGAUUUGAAAUAGUCCAAGCCAUUUUCAUUGCUUACAGCUUUACAAGAAGAAAUAAGAAACGAUCACAAUAAAGUAGCCAAUGCAAUCGUAAUGGAAAUCAAUAAUAUAGCUGGAUAGCUAUUCGAGCUUACUAAUAACCUAGCAAAACUAAUAAUUUAUAGGCCAAAGAAAGUUUACAAAAUUCUAUCAGAGUAAUAUCAAAAGCAGCUUGAGGAAAGGUACGGUGAAAAUAUUUUAAGACAUGUAAUCAAGACUUGUGACUUUUCAAUACCAAGUGAGGACUAUACUGGAUAGCUUAAUGAUACUGUGGCUAAGAAAACUAGAGAGAUGCUAAGACUUCAUAAGGAGAUGGCUGGUAUAGAGCCAUUAUCCGUGGAGGAAGUCAAAAUAAUUGAGGAAGAAUAGCAGGUUGGGAAGAAGAAAACUAAGAAAAGAAAGAAGAGGAAUAUGGAGAAGUAUGCUCCACUGAUUUUCGAGGAAUGCUAUGUUAAAAUGGAACGAAGUCAAAUGAAUAAGAUUAGAAAUACAUUCGAGUUGACUGAUAAUGAGAUAGAGCAAAAAGUUAAUCCCAGUGUUAUUUAAGAAAACUAUCAAGGGAUUCAUCUAUUUGUAUUGUGCCAUGGCUUCUAAGGUACUUCAUUUGAUAUGAGAAUGUUUAAAAAUGUUAUUUCAAUCGCACUCCCUGAGUCAUAAUUCCUAUGCUCAACAGCUAAUGAAAGUGAUACCGAUGGAGAUAUAAUGGACAUGGGCUAUAAACUUUCUCAAGAAGUGCACUAAUACAUCAGGGAGAGUUGUCCAGGCUAAAAUUUAGCGAGGCUUACAUUUAUUGGUCACUCAUUAGGUGGUCUGAUUAUCAGAGCUUCUCUAAGUUACUUAGAUAAGUAUAAAGAUAAAAUGCAUGGAUUUCUUACCCUGUGCACACCUCAUUUGGGAUAUAUGUAUAAAUCAGGGAAAAUGUUCAAUGCAGGCAUGUGGGUCCUUAAGAAGUGGAGAAAGUCAAAGUGCCUUUAAUAACUGUCAAUGGCUGACAACAAGAGUUUAGAGAAAACAGUCCUCUUUGAACUUUCUUAGCAAGAUGGAUUAGAGUGGUUUAAGCAUGUUAUAUUUGUGAGUUCAUUUUAGGAUUAAUAUGCUCCAUUUGAUUCAGCAAGAAUACAGAUAUGCCAAGAUGCAGCAAAAGAUAUAUAAAAGGGCAAUACUUACAUCAAGAUGGCCAACAAUUUGCUGUCAAAGAUGCAGAUUGAUGUGUUAUACAGAUUAGAUGUGAAUUUCAACAUAGCAGAGAAUAACUUGGAUUCUUUCAUAGGCAGGACAGCUCAUAUUCUCUUCUUAGAAAAUGAAGAGCUGAUGAAAAUGAUGGUUUCUAGGUAUAAAUCAUUCUUUUCUUGA